AUGCUAGGGGCAAGAACGGCACUGCUUACGAAAUUAAUUCGGUUUAUCAGCAUUGCUAGUGCUUUCGUGCAGGCAGCAGCAUCUUGCCCAGCAUCAGGGAGCGUCUGCCUAGCGUGGGCAGGGACCGCCGCGCUGGCGAAGCGUGGUGUUUGCGCUGUGUCAGGUUUUGUGCGGUCACUCGGAGACGCAUCUGACUCCGCCGUCUUUGAUGUUCAACUUCUGCAAAGGAACGUGACAAGGUACUUCCGCCCGGCCUCUUGCUUCUUCCUGGAGCAGGGAAGGAAGGAAAGCACUUCGGGCAGGGAUAGGCGCUCCGUCGGCCGACUGCCUCCCCGACCGAGUCCGUACGUCAGGAGGCCCCCUGCAAGCCCAGUGGGCACGAGGAGACGGGGGGCGCGGGACGGCGCCUCCAGCCCGGCGGAGCAGCACUGCGUCCCCACGCGUGCUUUGCUCUUCCUGCAAACAACUCUGCUACGCCGGAGGAGUUACCACGCAGCGGCGGUGCACAGGCAGGGAGGCCGCCGGCCGCCCCGGAGGAGCGCCACGCUCGCGGAUGGGCGCGAUACCGACCCCACGCAGGGAACGGUGCCGCCCCGGGAAUAUAUUAAGCAAAUUGAGCGCCGCGGCUCCGCCCCCGAGGCGGGCAGCUCGAGCGGCUGCUGGGCGCGGAGCCGCGCCCCCCGCGACGCCGCCGGCAGCGCCUGCGCGGGGCGGGGCGGGGCGGGGCGAGCAGGGCGGGAGCCGGGGGCGCCGGCGGCGGGGCGCUCUAGCGCCGCCUUGUGGCCAGCGCCCCGCGUCACCUCAGUUGCCUGCCAGCGGGAAAACGGGAGCUUUUGCCGGUUGCCCCCCGAAUCGGCGUGUACCUCGUCACCCGGUAACGGCCGCCAGCUGGGCAGCUGUCCGUAAGGAACCGACAGCACGUUCUUAAGCUGUUCUAGCAGCCCGCAGAGGAAACGGGAGUCAUUUCUGAUGACUGCAGCUUCCUGUACUCCCGCAGAAAAACAGGGCCGGUUUUCCUUUCCGUUGGUUGGUUUCUUUUGCACGCCAACAGCGUUCGUGCGUUUGCUCUAGCCGGUCCUCGUCAGCGAGGUCUGACAAUCCAAGACCAGCAUCCCAAUUGCUAGAGACCAGGACAGCAGCCGGCAGGCGGACCCAGAGGUUUCAGAACUGACAGGACUGCACAAACACUUCCUGCCACAGCCGGUUCUUUGAAAUUCUUUCUUUCUUCCCCUAGGGUUAAUGAAACGUUAAUAAACUCUCAUUCAUUCAAAUA